AUGUGGCUGGAAUCUUUGAUUCCAUCGAUUUUUUCACACAGGCAUAGAUUAUUGCAUUUAUCAUUGUUGUUUUUUAUAAUCCCAUAUUGGUAUAGGUGAGUUUUGUACUUUGCAAAUUUAACAAAAUUCCAAAAAUGAGCAUUUUUCAGUUAUUACAAUGAGCAUAAUCGAAUGUCAUCAUAUUCAGUGGAAACAGCCAUGUUUAUGUCUUGGGAACGGGCGAUUCAAAAACCAGGAGCAAUGUUCAAAAAAGCAGUCAUAGGAUUCAAUUGCAAUGUGGAUUUGAUUGUAAAUGGUGUGAAAGUAGUCGAAUCUUUGAAUACAACUUGCGAAGAGGGAAAAGAUCAAGAAACCCUUGAAAAUCUGGGAGAUCUUCAUCAAACAUUUGCACAUUUUUUCCAACGUGGAGCUGCUGCUGAAAGAUAUAUGUCUUCUGAAGAUCAAUUUAAUAUUCUUGUUAGAGAAUCUGAAUCAUCACCCCGUGCACAUUAUCAUAUUGGUGGCAAUGCUGCUUUGAUGGCUGAUCGAAUUGCUGCGAAUUUUCCAAGCACUGAAGUAUAUUUGGUUGGUCCGAUUGGUCCAAGAAGUCAAGCAUUGAUUCAUCCAUCAGUUAAACGAACUAAUUCGACAAGAAUUGUCAAAGAUGAAUUGCAUGUGAUUCUGGAGUAUAAACAAGGAGAGAUUCUGGAUGAUUGGGUUGCUCCAAGUAGUAGUCGAUUUAUUACAAGUCAUGAUCAUUUCAGUGGAAGUAUGGUUGUUAUUGAAAUGUUUUUCAAAGCUGUCUCACAAUUCAAACCCGAUUUAGUUAUUGUAACUGGUGUUCAUUUACUUGAAUUUCAAAGUAAAGAAAUGAGAAAGGAGAAAAUACGACUCAUCAAAAGAAAUUUGUUGCAAAUAAAUCCGAAAAUUCCGAUUCAUUUGGAAUUAGGAAGUUUAGGAGACGCUUUAUUCACCGCCGAUGUUAUGAACAAGGUAACUUUGUCUUAUUUUUCUCAUAAUUCUCUAAAAUUGUAGAUCAUUCCGUAUGUCGAUUCUUUGGGAAUAAAUGAGCAGGAAUUAACAUUUCUAUCGCAUAUUUCAAAUGGUCCACACAUGGAAGAAUAUCCUGUUCAAGCCGGAACUGUUCAUGUCUACAAAGUUGUCGAGAUGUUGAAUUGGCUUUUGAAAAAAUUCGGGCGCGAUCCAACCAACACCGAUUCAAUAAAAACCGGCUAUCGAUUAUCAAGAAUUCAUUUCCAUUGCUUGACUUAUCAUAUAAUUGUGAGUUCUGGAACAGAUUGGUCGAAUUUAGCAGCUGGAUUGGCUGCUGGUGCAAGAAUUGCUGGAAGAUUAUCAUGUAAUAUUGGACAGAAUACGAUGGAUUCGGAAUUGUUGGAAAUGAGAACUGCUGCGAAUUUUGUAUUGGAUAAGAAAAUUGGAAAGAAUUAUCGAUUUGAAGCACAUAAGUGAGAUUUUGAAUAAAAGUUUAAUAUCAAAAUAAUAAUAAUUGUUUUCAGCCCGAUCGCUUCUUGGAUGCGCGAAGAUGUUCUUUUCGUCUUCACACCAGUUCUCGUUUGCCGCCUUCCAUCAAAAACCGUCGGAGUCGAUGAUGCAAUUUCAGCAACCGGCCUUUUAUAUUCUCAAUUUUUCCGACUCGGUCGACCAACUCAUUGGUAG